AUGAAGGCAGCUUAUGAUUGCGGUGUCAACUUCUUUGACUGCGCUGAGGGGUAUGCGGAAGGAGAGUCUGAGAAAGUAAUGGGCGAGGCAAUUAAGAAAUAUGGAUGGAAGCGCAAUGAUCUUGUCAUCUCAACAAAGAUCUACUGGGGUGGUGCCUUUGGCACAAACAGUGCUAACAAUGUCGGUCUGUCACGGAAACAUGUCAUCGAGGGCAUGAAUCAGUCUCUGGAGCGCUUAGGCCUCGACUACGUUGACCUAGUCUACGCCCAUCGCCCAGACCGUCACACCCCAAUGGAGGAGACAGUUCGCGCGUUCAACCACAUCAUCAACCAGGGCAAGGCGUUCUACUGGGGAACAUCGGAGUGGAACGCGGACGAGAUCGCUCAGGCUUGGAGGUACGCCGACAAGCUAGGCCUGAUCGGCCCCGUGAUGGAGCAGCCCAAGUACAACAUGCUGGAGAGGACCAAGGUUGAGACCGAAUAUGCCCACCUGUACCGUGAGGUCGGUCUUGGUCUGACCGUCUUCUCGCCCCUUAACCAAGGUAUAUUGUCUGGCAAGUACAAGGACGGCAUUCCUGACAACUCUCGUUUCGCUCAGCAAUCAGUUGAGUUUAUCAAGGGUUACUGGAAGCGAACUGGCAAAGAGCAGUGGGAAGGCACUAUCAAGCAAGUCAACAAGCUGGAGCCCAUCGCCGACAAACUGGGCAUCAAGUUGAGCCAGCUGGCUUUGGCCUGGGUCUUGAAGAACCCGAACGUCAGCUCGGCCAUCACCGGUGCAAGCAGCGUCGAGCAGAUCUACGAGAACGUGAAGGCUGUCGAGGCCUACAAGAAGCUGACACCAGAGAUAUUGGAUGAGAUUGACAGUAUCCUCAACAACAAGCCCCCCACGAUCACCUCAAGGUUUUAG